AGAGGAAGCUGUAAAACAAUUUCUUUAUAAGCUGCUGCUAGGAAGGACUGUGGAAGGACGGCUCUCCCUUCCAAACGUGCUGCCUCGAGGCUGCUGAAGGGAUGCAGUGAGCUUCAGGAGGGGUCUGCAGAGAGGGGAAGGCUCCUGCCUGCUGAGAUAUCUGCAGAUGUCUGAUUUGCUGCCCGAGUGCUGAGGUCAGGAGAUAGCACAGAGGUGUGGAUGUCGGAGAAGCCCAGACCAGGCGAGCACAGCCGCUGAGGAUCCCGGCGUGGCCGUCGACGCUCUCACGUUUGCUGCAGCUGCAGAGCCCAGGAUGCCCAACAGCAGCCAGGCCCUGAGCAGCCUGGACGGGAUUUACAUCGGCAGCGAGUGCCUGCUGGCCCUGUUUGCCACGCUGGGCAACGUCCUGGUGAUCUGGGCCGUGAGGCUGAACGCGGCCUUCCAGAACACCACGCUCUACUUCAUCGCGUCCCUGGCGCUGGCCGACGCCGCCAUGGGGCUGCUGGUGAUGCCCCUGGCCAUCGUGGUGAGCCUGGGCAUGGCCGUGCCCGCCUACGGCUGCCUCUUCAUGUGCUGCCUGUUGCUGGUGUUCUCCAACGCCUCCAUCCUGUCCCUGCUGGCCAUCGCCAUCGACAGGUACCUGCGCGUCAAGCUGCCCACCAGAUAUAAAAUAAUCACCACAGAGAGGAGAGUUUGGUGGGCCCUGGGGCUGUGUUGGUCCCUGUCCCUGCUGGGAGGGCUCGUCCCCAUGUUUGGCUGGAACGAGGCAGGCCCCAGGAGCUCCAGCUUCCUGAGGUGCAGCUUCAUCUCCGUGAUAAGGAUGGAUUACAUGGUGUAUUUCUGCUUCUUCCUGUGGACCCUCGUGCCCCUGCUCAUCAUGUGUGCUCUGUAUGCCGAGAUCUUCCUCAUCAUCCGCACGAAGCUCGGCCAAGGUGGGAGAGGGGCUGGGGCUUUCUAUGGCCAGGAGUUCAGGACAGCCAAGUCUCUUGCACUUGUUCUCUUCCUGUUUGCAAUCUCCUGGCUGCCUCUGUGCAUUAUAAACUGUGUUUUCUAUUUUCACCCUGAGUCUCAGAUCCCCCCAUAUUUGAUUUACGUGGCAAUCCUCUUAUCCCAUGCCAAUUCUGCCAUGAACCCCAUUGUCUAUGCCUACAAGAUAAAGAAGUUCAGAACCACGUACCUUUUAAUUUUAAGGACCUACAUCCUGUGCAAAAAACCAGAGCCAGCUCUUGCAGAGCAAACAAUAGACCCAGAGUCAUAAAGAGAGGCUGAAGCAGCCAGUGAGCACCAGAGCACUGAUAAAGCACCUGGCUUUGCCAAGAAACUCCUGGGACACUGCAGCAACCUGUGGGUCUGAGGCUGCUCUAAAGCCCCACGUGAAUAUAUGGCUUUAUGUAAUACAAAAUCUACACACAGAAGAUGGAAACUUUGUCUGGUUGGGGGUUUUGAGUUUUUUUAACAUGAGGAUUGGUUGAGUUGGUUGAAAGACAGGAUGUGUUCUUUGCUGUUCAUAAUGCAGCAGCUCACAAGCUCACUGACCAUUCUUGUCUGUCCAUUCAGACUAAACUUGUGCUUCAGCCAGUGUUGUCACGUUUUCAUGAGUAAUAAUAAAUAGCAGAUGGAUUUGA